AUAGUACCAAUGUUGGGUGCUCCAACAAAUACAAUGUAUAGCUUGUGACGCAAAAUUAGGGCAAGAUGUAUUUUUGUAACCAAAUAUAGUUGUCUAGUAGGCAGCGGCUCCAUGCACGCAUUGCAUGAAAGUUUACGUGAUGGCAUAAAGGCGUAUCAAGGCGCUUAAUUGCGUUCAAUUUAGAGUAUUAAUUGGGUGAAAUUCUGAAAACCCAUUUGAAAUCCGAACCAGUUUAAUGAAUUGAAUGAUCCGUCCGUCCAUGUCAUUCACCGAAUGCCAGAGGAUUUGUGACCAGAGAUUUGUCCUUGUGUUGUUUGUUUUUGUUUCGGCUUCGAAGUUGGAUUGUGUUUCUUGUGCUGUGUAUUGGGCUCCGAACAAUUCAUGCUUGUUCUUACUCCCAGGAUUUAUAGAGUAUUUGAUCGUUUUCUGCUUCAAUUAAUGUUGGAGGUUGCAUCUUAUUGGGGUUAUCAGUUUGAUAUAUUCGUGGACGGGAUCAUACAUGCUUUUCAAGGCAAAUUCGAGGGUUUCCUGGAGGUGGGCGGGUUGUUGAUCCGAUCUUAAAGUUUGAACAUUUUGAUGGAUCAAUGAAUGCAGGUUUAAAUGGUGAAAUUCAAGAAGGGUAGGGAUUUGUAGAGAUUAGAUAGCGUUUGAUGGGGAAUACAUGCGUCGGUCCUAAUUUGGGGAACAAGGGAUUCUUAAACUCUGUGACCAACGCGGUCUGGAAAAACCGGCAGCAAGAUACCCUUCCAGCCCCAAAUCAGGACCAAGAAUCCAACAGUGGUAAGGAUAAGAAGGAUGGCAGCACAAAAACUGAUACUUCAGGGAAUUCAGAGGGUAAAGGCUCUGAUUCUACUCCGGCUGCUGUACAAAGCACCGCACCUCCAGAGGUCAAGAUUGCGGGUAAUGAGGCUAAAGCCGUGGAGAAGCCGGGGCAGCCAGAGAUAAAGGCAGGCAGUCAUACUGAUAACAAUGACAAGAAGCCGGCAGAAGAGGCGAAACCGAACAAACCUAGUCAUAUGAAGAGAGUAUCAAGUGCCGGACUACAAGUUGAAUCAGUGUUACAACGAAAAACAGGAAACUUGAAGGAUAUAUAUACUUUAGGGAAGAAGUUGGGACAAGGACAAUUUGGGACGACAUUUUUAUGCGUGGAGAAGGCAACUCACCAAGAGUUUGCUUGCAAAACAAUUGCUAAGAGGAAGUUAACUACUGAGGAAGAUGUCGAGGAUGUUAGGAGAGAAAUUCAGAUAAUGCACCAUUUGGCAGGCCACCCCAAUGUUAUAUCAAUUGUGGGAGCUUAUGAGGAUGCUGUUGCAGUUCAUGUUAUCAUGGAGCUUUGUGCAGGUGGAGAGCUCUUUGAUAGAAUCAUACAGAGGGGGCAUUACACGGAAAGAAAGGCUGCUGAGCUUGCUAGGUUAAUAGUUGGUGUCGUGGAAGCCUGUCAUUCCUUGGGAGUUAUGCACAGGGAUUUAAAACCAGAGAAUUUUCUUUUUGUGAAUGAGGAGGAGGAGUCACCACUUAAGACCAUCGACUUUGGGCUCUCAGUUUUCUUCAGACCAGGUGAGACAUUUACUGAUGUGGUUGGAAGCCCUUAUUAUGUGGCGCCGGAGGUAUUAAGGAAGCAUUAUGGCCAAGAAUGUGAUGUAUGGAGUGCUGGAGUUAUCAUUUACAUUUUGCUCAGUGGAGUCCCACCAUUUUGGGAUGAAACGGAACAGGGAAUAUUUGAGCAGGUUCUGAAAGGGGAACUUGAUUUUGUUUCUGAACCUUGGCCCAGUAUAUCAGACAGUGCAAAAGAUCUCGUAAGAAGAAUGCUUGUACGAGAUCCCAAGAAGCGGCUCACAGCUCAUCAAGUUCUUUGCCAUCCUUGGGUACAAGUCAAUGGUGUAGCUCCCGAUAAGCCUCUUGAUUCUGCUGUUCUAACUCGUCUGAAGCAAUUUUCUGCCAUGAACAAACUCAAGAAGAUAGCCAUUCGAGUUAUCGCUGAAAAUCUUUCUGAGGAAGAAAUUGCUGGACUGAAGGAAAUGUUUAAAAUGAUUGAUGUGGACAACAGUGGACAAAUCACUCUAGAGGAACUAAAGAACGGUUUGGAAAGAGUUGGUGCUGACCUCAAAGAUUCGGAAAUCGUUGGUUUGAUGCAAGCUGCUGAUGUUGAUAAUAGUGGAACCAUAGACUAUGGCGAGUUUGUGGCAGCAAUGCUUCACCUAAAUAAAAUCCAAAAGGAGGAUCAUAUGUAUGCAGCUUUUUCAUAUUUUGACAAAGACGGUAGUGGGUACAUCACACAGGACGAGCUUCAGCUGGCUUGCGAACAGUUUGGCCUAGAAAAUGUUCGCAUAGAUGAUAUAAUCCGCGAAGUUGAUCAGGAUAAUGAUGGCCGGAUUGAUUACAAUGAAUUUGUGGCUAUGAUGCAAGACACAGGUUUUGGCAAGAAGGGCUCAAAAAUUGUAUAGCCCGGUAAUCCUUGCAAAACGAUACGUUUCUAGUUUUGUAAAUGUCAUUGUAUCAAAGGGGAACAGCAAAAGUUGAGUUCAUCAUGUGUAAAGAUUAGUCAGGAUCUACAGCAGGACAGUGAGGUUUGUAUGGCUUUUAGUUUUUGUCGAUUUUGUAUCUUUUGUUCAUUGAUAGGUUGUUUUUGUUCAGGAUAUUAUAAUCUAUAGUUCAAUUUUAUUCUUUUACUUUUCUUA